AUGCGCGGAGCCGCCCUGCGACCAGCGGUCCUGGCCCGCGCCAGCCGCCAGAUCGCCGCCAGGCGCACCCUCAGCACGACGCCGGCCCGGGCGAGCGGCGGCCACGGGCACGGCCCGGAGUUCGACCCGCCGACGGGGUGGCUCUUCGGCGUGCGGCCCGGCGAGAAGGCGGAGAAGGAAGGCUGGGAGAACCUGGCGUACUACGGCUUCUGCGGCAGCCUGGCUGUGUUUGGGGUUGCGUAUGCCUUCAAGCCUGAUACCUCGAUACAAACCUGGGCUCUCGAGGAGGCUCGCAGACGGUUAGAAGCCGAGGGCAUCCUGGAGGACCCCGACAAGAAGAACUAG